AUGGAGUCGAGUGCAAGACAGCAUCCAGCGAGGCAGCAGCCUUCUCCAGUAUGGGAGCCACAAAUCAACCGCUCUGAGAUUCCUAUAAACAAAUAUCGAGCACAUGUCAACCGCAAGUUCACUCUUGACCUUGCCGACUCACAGCAAUUGCAUCAAUGGAGUGUUACUCAUCCCCAGAGCUUCUGGGUCGAUCUCUGGUCUUAUGUCCACUUGAUACCACAUCUGCCAGCUCACACUAUGCGAGCAUAUGCUUCCGAUGUCCCCAUGGUCGAUAUACCUCUCUGGUUUGAAGGAGUCUGUGUCAACUAUGCGGAAAACGUCCUCACUCAGCCUUCCUUAGAUGAAAAUGCGAUCGCGUUGGUCGGGUUAAGGGAAAACCAAGGGCUGGAAGGCGAGACUUGGUCCUGGAUGGUUCUGAGAGAGAAGGUCAGACAGGUGAGAAGCGCUUUCUUGCGUAGUGGUGUUAGGAGGGGCCAUCGUGUGGCCGCAAUUAUAUCGACUUCGGUAUGGUCGGUCGCACUGUUCCUCGGGGCUGCUAGUAUUGGAGCAAUAUUUACGUCCAUAGCCCCAGACCUAGGGGAAGAGGGUUGCAUAUCUCGCCUUCAGCAAGUGACUCCGUCAAUACUAUUCGCAGACAGCCAUCGGACUUACAAAGGUCAACAGCAGUCCAAUAUGGCAACAAUUGCCAGCAUUGCCAAACACCUGUCAUGCACAGACGAAGUCUUUCUGAUUCCGACAAAGGAGGAGAAUGUCCUUUUAUUUCCGUUGCUCUCUCAGUUCCUAUCCCGCUCACUUCCGUCAGAUCAGCUACAGUACGAACGAAUCUCAUUCAAUGAUCCGUUAUACAUCUUAUACUCGAGCGGGACAACAGGCCCGCCAAAAUGCCUGGUACACCGACAUGGUGCUAUUAUUCAGCACAAGAAGAUUGGGAUCCUGCACAAUUCACUCACACCAGGCGAGGUUGUAUUCCAGUACUCCAGCACUUCUUGGGUGUUGUGGAAUAUCAUGAUCGGCCACCUCUCCGUUGGAGCCACGCUGAUCUUGUAUGACGGCUCACCUACGUGGCCAACUCCGGAUGCAAUGCUUGAUAUUGUCGAGAAGUACAAAGUCAAUUACUGGGGCUGUUCUCCUCGCUAUCUGCAGGCCUUGGAAGCCACUAACGUGAGUAUCAGGCAGCGGAAUGAUCUAUCUUCACUACGCAUGGUUCAAUCGGGAGGCUCUCAUCUUGCGGCAGACCAGUAUCAUUGGUUUUAUCGAAACUUUCCACCGCGAGUUCAUCUGACAAGCGUGACGGGCGGAACGGACCUGGUCACGUCGUGGGUUGGCACCGAUCCAGCUGGGCCCCUCUAUGCAGGGGAGCUCCAGCUGCCUAUUCUGGGACAUGACGUUGACAUUGCAGAUGUUGUGACCGGAGAAUCUAUCAGACAGUCCGGAGAAUCAGGGGAAUUUGUCUGCAGACAGCCAUUUCCCUCGAUGCCAGUCUUCAUGUGGGGCGAUGAAGGCAAUGAGAAGUACCGGGCGUCCUACUUUGAACGAUUUGGAUAUACCUGUUGGGCGCAGCAUGAUUGGGCGAGUUAUAACCCCUACACCAAGGGCUGGACUGUACAUGGUCGAAGCGACGGUGUUCUCAACCCUCAAGGAAUACGGUUCGGGUCUGCAGAGAUAUACUCGAUCACGGAAGCACAUCCUUUCAGCGAUACCAUUUCAACCACCCUCUGCGUAGGUCGACGACGGAAGACUAUUGACACUGACGAAUCAGUCUUCCUCUUCGUCAUCAUGCGCCCGGGUAAAACAUUCACCCACAGACUUGCUACCCUGCUCAAGGAUGCCAUUCGCAACGGUCUGAGCGCAAGGCAUGUUCCUAGGUUCAUCCUAGCCGUCAACGAAAUCCCAAUGACGGCGAAUGGGAAGAAAGUGGAAACGCUAGUCAAACAAGUCAUCUGUACUGGACAGCCACCCAAAGUUGUCAGUAGUACGGUCUCCAAUCCCGAAUGUCUUAAUGAUUUCAAGCGCUUCUUUGCGCUGGAGGAAAGAGCUAGUAAGCUCUAA